UGCGUGACGUCAAUACGCACGGCACGGGAGAACGGGGUAGCUGGUUGUUGAAGCUGCAAGCGAUACUACGGAGAAUCGGGGAGCAGGCAGCGAUAUUGGGCCGCACCGUACUGCCCAGGGACUCCGCUGUAUCGCUGGCCUGGCCGUUCCACUGUGAGGGCCCUGGGAGCCAGAGGGAGAUAAGAUGGCGUGUGCCGUGCGGCUCGGCGGGGGGUUCCUCCUACUGCUGGCGCUGGGGGCCGCGGCCUCGGAUACCUCCUGCCCGGCUCCCUGUGUGUGUGAAGGGAGAAUGCUGGACUGCAGCCGGAGAAGGCUGGGCCGGCUCCAUGCGGUUCCUUUACCGGAGGGAAUCACCAGCCUGGAGGUUAGCCACAAUUGGUUGACUCUUUCAAACAGUAGUCUGGUGCCAGAAUUGUAUUCUCUGCAAGAAGUGAAAAUGAAUUAUAAUGAGCUAACUGCAAUCCCUCACCUUGGAGAACCAACGUCUAACAUCACUCUUCUUUCACUAGUACAUAAUAAAAUUGCUGAGUUGAAUGGAGAACUGCUUCAACAGUAUCUUUCGCUGGAAUCGUUGGACCUGAGCUCCAAUCUUCUCACAGAAUUAAAAAGCUCUUCCUUCCCACGAAUUCCUUUGAAAUACUUGAACCUGAGCAAUAAUAAAAUUGCUACUUUAGAGGUUGGGUCUUUAGAUAAUUUAUCUGGCUCAUUAAUUGCUUUGAAACUGAACAGGAACAAGAUUAGCGUGAUUCAACCCAAAAGUUUAAAGCUUCCUCAUUUGCAGUAUCUUGAGUUGAGACGUAAUCGAAUUCAAAUUGUGGAAAGCUUGACUUUUCAAGGAUUGGACUCACUAAAGUCUUUAAAAAUGCAGCGAAAUGGAAUCAACAAACUAAUGGAUGGUGCAUUCUUUGGACUGGACAAUAUGGAACAUCUUGAAUUAGAAUAUAAUAAUGUCACGGACAUUAACAAAGGCUGGCUGUAUGGUUUACGGUCUCUACAACAACUUUACAUGAACCAAAAUGCAGUGCAAAAAAUCAGUCAAGAUGCGUGGGAGUUUUGCCAGAAUCUCUUGGAUCUAGACUUGUCUGACAAUCAACUGAUCCGUUUGGAUGAAUUUGCAUUUGCUGGACUGACCUCGCUAGAAAAACUGAACCUUGGGGAUAACCGAAUAAAUCAUGUGGCUGAAGGUGUUUUUAAGGGACUCACAAACCUUGUGACAUUGGACCUUCGAAACAAUGAGAUCUCUUGGGCUAUUGAAGACUCCAAUGAAGCAUUUGCUGGUCUCUUGAAGCUGCAGACACUGAUUUUGCAGGGGAACAAGAUUAAAUCCAUCACAAAGAAAGCUUUCACUGGCCUGGAUUCAAUGCAACAUCUUGACUUGAGUAAUAAUGGGAUUAUGUCUGUGCAAGAAAACGCCUUUGCUCACAUUAAACUUAAAGAGUUAAUCCUAAACACAAGCAGUUUGCUUUGCGACUGUCAACUAAAGUGGUUUCCCCAGUGGCUAAUUGACAGUGGAUUGCAACAUGCGGUUAAUGUGAGCUGUGCUCACCCUGAUGGUCUCUGUGGGCGUUCUCUGCUCAGUGUGAUUUCUGAGGAUUUUAUUUGUAAUAAUUUUCCCAAACCACAAAUAAAAGUUCAUCCAGAAACAACUGUGGCUCUGAGAGGAAUGAAUGUGACACUGAUAUGCGCUGCAGGCAGCAGCAGCGACACACCCAUGUCUACAGCGUGGAGAAAAGACGGUGAAGUCCUGUACGAUGCAAAAGUAGAAACCUUCGCCAGAUACCAGAAACACGGGGCCGAGCUUUUAGAGUACACUACGUUUUUGCAUAUUUCCAAUGUCAAUUUUACAGAUGAAGGAAAAUACCAGUGUGUCAUAACCAACCACUUUGGCACCAAUUAUUCCAGCAAAGCUAAACUCACAGUUAAUGAAAUGCCCUCAUUUCUAAAAACGCCAAUGGACCUGACCAUUCGCACAGGUGCCAUGGCACGCUUAGAGUGUGCAGCCGAAGGUAGCCCGACUCCACAAAUUGCAUGGCAGAAAGACGGUGGGACAGAUUUCCCUGCAGCCCGGGAGCGCCGCAUGCAUGUUAUGCCAGAAGACGAGGUCCUGUUUAUUGUCAGUGUUAAGAUUGAAGACAUGGGGCUGUACAGUUGCACAGCACAGAACUCUGCCGGCAGCAUAUCCACCAAUGUCACUCUGACAGUUUUAGAAACUCCAUCUUUUAUAAGGCCCUUAGAAGAUAGGACAGUUGCUCGUGGGGAGACAGCUGUAUUGCAGUGUAUAGCAGGUGGAAGCCCAGCUCCUCGCCUGAACUGGACUAAAGAUGACGGACCACUCCUUGUAACCGAGAGACACUUCUUUGCCGCUGCAAAUCAGCUGCUCAUCAUUGUUGAUGCUGGCCCAGAGGAUGCUGGGAAAUAUACAUGUAGCAUGUCUAAUACAGUUGGAACUGAGAGGGGUCACAUCAACCUUUUUGUAUUGUCCUCGCCUAACUGUGACUCAUCACAAACUGUCCUUGGCUAUGAUGAUGAUGGUUGGACUACAGUUGGCAUUGUCAUAAUCGUCGUUGUCUGCUGUGUAGUGGGAACAUCUUUGGUUUGGGUGAUUGUUAUUUACCAUAUGAGGAGGAAAAGUGAGGAUUACAGCAUUACCAACACUGAUGACAUGAACUUACCUGCUGACAUUCCCAGCUACCUGUCCUCCCAGGGAACACUGUCUGAGCCACCAGAAGGAUAUAGUAACUCUGAGGCUGGCAGCCAUCAGCAACUUAUGCCACCUGCUAGUGGCUGUGUUCAUAAAGGAACAGAUGGAUUUUAUAUCGACACUGGUAGCGAGGCAGAUGCAGAAAUCCUGAACACACAAUAUGCACCUAAUAUGCAGAACAGCAGAAUACCCCAGUUAUAUGGACGCAGUGGAGGUAUACACACUGCAGAACUACGAGACAGUCUUCCUGUGCCAGGUGCUGGGCAACUUAUGAUCUGCUCUGAUUGCUAUGACAAUGCUAAUAUCUACUCCCGGACCAGGGAAUACUGUCCAUAUACAUACAUAACAGAGGAGGACCCAAUGGACCAAACGUUAUCCAGCCUUAUGGGCAAUAUGCCAAAGGACAUAUACCCGCCACACACUCAUGAGGUGGCUGUAUCUGCUCCUGAGAGGGACGUCUCUGCAUUCCUGACCAACUAUGAGCGAAAUGAGGGAGUAAAACCCAACAGUGAUUUAUUUUCUUGUCCAUCUUGGAACAUAAAGAAAGAUGGAAACUUAUCUACCACGUACCCUCAUUUCUGCCACCAUCCUGUAGCGGUCAAUGAGAAGACAAUGUUAAGAAAUGAAGUAGUAUCUUCACUAAAGGCAGAAGAGCAUCCACUCCCAGUACCUUGCCUGAGGUCAUGUGAUCAGGACUAUGACUUGAGCAGGACUCCAAAUAUUGGUGAUUACAAAGAAACAACCUAACUAGACCAAAUACAUCAACAAGUCAACAAACUUUAUAUUAUUGACUACCUCAGAAUCUAUUUCAUGGCCAAAAAGUGCUACAGUAAGUUUGUUUACAAACCCCGUUGAGUGGACCAAUGCAAAAAUCCACUGCAUCAGAUUGCAGGUUGGUGAAAUACUAUGUAGCUUGGAUCGGUCAUUAUGUGAGCACUUGUCGCUUCUACGGUUAUUUGCAUUCGUGAACAAGUUGAAUCAGUGGACUGUGAUGUUGGUUGCAGUGGAUGAGUAAGCGGCAUCCUGGCUUCUAGAGGAACUAAAUAGUCUAAUAUUACUCUUGCAGGGUCACAGCCAAGCGGACCAACUCUUUAAAAUGUAUUCAGUGUCUGCAAAUGUUUGAACACAUGCAUAGACGCAAGCAUGUUCCUUUGUGCUGUUUAAACCUCGAUUUCAUACUGAUGGUACAGUUCCAAAUACAUAUGUACUGUGACAAACCUUAAUGCUUUUUAACAUUAUGGUGGUGAACAUUGAAGCAGAGACUGACUGCCAGUCACACACAGCGUUACUUUACCAGCUCUAGCCAGAAAAUCUGAAAUAAGUUAUGGAAAAAUAACUUGCAACUUGUCUUUAAAUCUAGAAUUUCCAUAGAGACAUUCCAAGGUAAAGGAAAGUUUGCCGAACUUCUUUUCCAUAGUAGUGUAUUAAUUUUUCGAAAGAUCGAACGUUUAUAACACCAAAGUAGAAAAAAGUGGGAUGAAAUAUCCUGGGGGUUGGCACUUAUGACAAAUGGUGCAAAGGUAGCUCAUAGCAACCAGGAUUUUCUCCUGUUUUCUAAAUUGACUGAACUAGAAAAUGACACAGUCUGAUUGGUUGCAACACUUUUUUAUUUAUUUUUCUGGAAACGAUAUUCAGUGCAUUAUUCUGCAGCUAUAUACAGAGGGGUUGAGUAUAUACAUAGCCAUAUUAUUUUAAGAUGGCCAACUGGAGAAAUGAAUUCCCGUUGCCAGGUAAACUUUUUUUUCUUUUUAUACACAUUAUAGUUUAGUCCACUCUGAAGGGGAGAUUUGUCAAGCUGUACAGAGAAAUUAAAUGGAGAAGUUGCUUAAUAACCAAUAGGCUUCUUACUAUCAUUUAUGAAAUGAUACAAUACUAUGAAAUGAUUGGUUGCUAUGGGCAUCUUCUCCAUUUUAUCACCCUCAAAGGUCUGAUACAUCUGCCUCUGAGAGUGAUCAGUGUCGGCUACAAGUACUUUGUAGCCAAACUUUAAUUCUGUGAGAUGUAUGUACCCACCAAAGCAUGCACUUUGUGUUUUUUAUACUGUCUGCAGUAAAAUGUGUAUGUUUUACGAAGACAUAAAUCAAGAGCAUUUGCUUGCAUAAAUUAUUUCAUUUAUCAAUCUGUUUUGCUUCUUAGUUAAUCUACUAUGAAAUAAAAUCAGUCUCCAGAUAUUUACGAUCAUGCUAAAUGCACUCCUACACUGAUGUACGACUUCCAUUACUUUAUAUGAGCUGCAGCUUCCAGUUACCAUUAUAAUCUUUUUUUCAAAGGUUAUAUCUUUUUUUCCCCUCUUCAUUUCUACUCUAGUUACCCCAUUCUGAAAUAUUUUGCUGUGUAUUCAUCACCAUUCUUUUCAUGUAGCUAGUAUAUUGAAUCUACAUUUAUGUCGCUUUUUUGACUAUGGGAAGAAAUCUACAUUAUUCUUUUUCUACUGAAGAAUAACAUCCAGAUUGCGAUUUACAGGACAGAUCAUGUUUUAACUAACAUUAUAAAGUAAUUAUACCUUCAUUAAAAUACUGCACAUUACUGGACUGUGGUCACAUAACAACUGGUUUCAAUCAGUAACAUUCAGAUGUAAUGUCAUUGUGAGAAUGCCGCUACCACUUAGUAAUGUAACGCUGUAGAGAUGGGGAGUGCAGCUAGCCUACACAGACGCACUGUAUCAGAAUUGAACAACGCUGUUAACUCAAAAUAUGCCCGUCCCUUUCGAUGUCCUGGUACAGUUAGCGGCACACAUUUAUUUCAAUGCAUGCAUCCAGAAUAUACAGUGCAUUGCUAAAGUAUUCACCCCCCUUUGCAUUUUUCAUGUUUUGUUGCCUCACAACCUGGAAUUUAAAAUGGAUUAUUUGAAGGUUUGCAUCAUUUCAUUCACAGAACAUGCAUACAACUUUGAAGAUGUUUUUUUUUUUUAUUGUGACGCAAACAAAAAUAGGACAAAAUAACAGAAAACUUCAGCGUGCAUAACUAUUCACCAACCUAAAGUCAGUACUUUGUGGAGCCACCUUUUGCGGCAAUUACAGCUGCAUGUCGCUUUGGAUAAGUCUCUAUAAGCUUGCCACAUCUUGCCACUGGGAUUUUUGCCCAUUCCUCAAGGCAAAAUUGCUCCAGCUCCUUCAUGUUGGAUGGUUUCCGCUUGUGAACAGCAAUCUUCAAGUCUGACCACAGAUUCUCAAUUGGAUUGAGAUCUGGGCUUUGACUUGGCCAUUCCAACACAUUUAAAUGUUUCCCCUUAAACCACUCGAGUGUUGCUUUAGCAGUAUGCUUUGGGUCAUUGUCCUGCUGGAAGGUGAACCUCCGUCCCAGUCUCAAAUCACAGGCAGACUGAAACAGGAUUUGCUCAAGAAUAUCCCUGUAUUUAGCACCAUCUUUCCCUUGACUCGAAACAGUUUACCAGUCCCUGCUGCUGAAAAACAUCCCUACAGCAUGAUGCUGCCACCACCAUGUUUCACUGUGGGAUGGUGUUCUUGGGGUGAUGGGAUGUGUUGGGUUUGCGCCAGGCAUAGCGUUUUCCUUGGUGGCCGAAAAGUUCAAUUCUACUCUCAUCUGACCAGAGCACCUUCCUCCAAACAUUUGGGGAGUUGUCCACAUGCCUUUUGGCAAACGCAAAACGUGCCUCCUUUUUUUUUUACACUAAGUAAUGACUUUUUUUUCUGGCCACACUUCCAUAAAGCCCAGCUUUAUGGAGUGUACAGCUUAUUGUGGUCACAUGCGCAGAUACACACCGGUCUUUGUUGUUUAACUCUGCAGCUCCUUCAGGGUUACCUUUGGUCUCUGCGCUGCCUCUCUGAUUAAUGCCCUCCUUGCCCGGUCUGUGAGUUUUAGUGUCCAGCCCUCUCUUGGCAGGUGGUACCAUGUUCUUUCCAUUUGAAGAUGAUGGAUUUGAUGGUGCUCCGGGGGAUCAUCAAUGAUUUUGAAUUUUUUUUUUUAUAACCCAACCCUGACUUGUACUUCUCAACAACUUUGUCCCUGACUUGUUUGGAGAGCUCCUUGGUCUUCGUGGUGUGAUGCCUCUUGCUUAGUGGUGGUGCAGCCUCCGGGGCCUUUCAGAAAAGGUGUGUUUAUACUGACAGAUCAUGUGACACUUAAGAUUGCACACAGGUGAACUUCAUUUCACUAAUUAUGUGACUUCUGAAGGUAAUUGGUUGCACCAGAACUAUUGAGGGGCUUCAUAGCAAAGGGGGUGAAUAGAUAUGCACAUGCCAAUUUUCAAAUUUUUAUUUAUAAAAAUUAUUUUUUAUAUAUAUUUUUCUCAUUUCACUUCACCAACUUAGACUAUUUUGUGCAGAUCCAUCACAUAAAAUUCAGGUUAAAAAAAUAAAUAAAUUACAGGUUGUAAUGUAACAAAAUAGUUAAAAAGCCAAGGGGGGCGAAUACUUUAUCAAGGCACUGUAUUUAUUGGUCCUUUGGCAUUAAAUUGUGAUCACUACAAAAAAAACACCUCUUUUUUUAAUAUACGUACUCUUAUUUUUAUUUUUUAGACAAGAAUCUAAAAACCGAGCUUUCCAGUUGAUUUUAAACUACAUGUCCAUGUAAUCUCCCUGGAAACCAAAGGCUGGGGAAGAUAUGUAGGAGAUUUAUUUGAGCAAUAAAAACAUAUUGUUUUAUGCUUUAGUAUUUUUUAAUCAUUAGUUCAUGUAUUCCUGCAGAGAAUUUUCAUUUUCUGAAGCGUAAUACAUUUUCUUGUUUACAUAAACAAAGGUAAUCCAUUUAUGACCCCAGAAAAACACAAAAAUGACCGUGUGAAGGCCAGUACUGACGGGAGAGAUGUGUGCUGAGCGAUCUUAACAUAGACCGCUCAUCACACAUCUCUCCCCCCACUCAGCACAGCGUGUUGUGUGCUGAGCGAGGGGGGGGGGGGGGGGGGGGGGCGCUCACUUCACACAGCGCUGCAUGCAGGCUCAAUCUAGCAUCGGCGAUAGCGAUGCGCGGGGCUGCGCAUUGCUAUCGCUGGGGGCAUACACACGGCAGAUCUGUGCUUAAAAUCUAAGCAAUCAAGUCAGAUUGCUUGAAUUUUAAACACGGAUCUCUCCAUGUGUACCCCCCUUAAAGAUUGCAAAACACAACAUUGGCCUAUGAACACAACAUUGUCUGUAUAAUGGACUACACACUCCAGAGACAAUGAUGGCAUCAGCUAAAAGAAAGUUUGUUAGCGACAAAAUGCAUACAAAUAAAGAAAUAAGACAGUCAAUGGAUUAUAUGCAUUUACAUUAUAUGGCUGCAGAUGCAGUGGAUAGUAUGUCGUUUUUUAGUUUACAUCCUAAUCUGUUUUGCAAUGCACUUUGAAUUAUUGCACAAACAUAUCCUAUUCCUAGAGUGUAUUGAUCUUUGUCAGUUUUGCCUUACCAGAAAUUAAUAGUGCGUGUGACAUUCCCAAGUAGCACCAAAAUCUAUCAAAUAUGAUGUUAUCAGUUCUCUUUGAAAGUCACAGACAUUUAUUGUUACACAAAUGGUAUGCUUCAUUAUAGACAACCCAGGCAUAUUGAGCAUUUACAUAUAAAGAAGGAAGAAUAUAACCCUUAGCAUAUACUGAUGCUCAAUAACACCACACCCUGCACCUUACUCUAAAGAUGCUCUGUGUACCUCAUUUGAUAAAUAUAUAUAUAUAUAUAUAUAUAUAUAUAUAUAUAUAUAUAUACACACAUUAUUAUUAUUUUACAUCUAUUAUGUAGCAUCUUGGCUGUUUUCCUUGCACAGAAUCCUUGAAAUGCAUAAACUGAGUUUCCAUUUAUCUUUUUGUAGUGUUUUACAGCUCUUUCUUCUUUGGGUCCAUGGUCUCCACAGGGAUAACCUUGGGUAUGACUUGUGGAGACCAGGACUGGCAUCGAACAGCAUAAGCUUGUGAGCCUCAACCCCUCAUACCCCGCACCCAUGCUCAGGCACUUCAGUCUUUGGGUACCAGCAGGAGCUGGUCACAGCUCUUUAUGAUGUGUCUGCUGUUCUCAGUAAGACUUUAUCUCUUCACAUCCCUAGUUAUUACAGUGUACCUGUGCACGGUACGAAUUGCGGGAUCCAUUCAGUGGGUGAAAUCAUUUUUCUUAGGUAUGCAACCUGUCCAUUCUUUAGGAACAAGUGACCCCAUUUGAGAAUAGUUGCCAUGUACAGGCAAUAUGCAAGUCAUGGAGAACAGUCAUGAAAAGCAAUAGAAAUCUGAUUUCACAACUGGUUUUCAAAAUGGUUUAUUCUGGAUUUGUUGCAUGCAAAAAGUAUAUCUCAAGGUUUAUUCAUACACUACUAUGACAUGUAUGUAAGAAUGUCAUGAACUUUUUUCAUGCACUAUAACUCCACUCCAUGUUAAAUAAUUUACUGAGUGUGGCAGUCAAAGAAUAUAGGCUUUGUGGUUCAUUGUUAAAUAUGUAAAUAUACUUGCAAUGAUAAAAUAUUUUUGUAUACAACUGUUUAUUAUUGUAAAUGUUUGUUUAUUUUUUAGUUUUUAAAAAUACCAAAAAUAUGUUCUGGUAAUCAGGCAGUCUGUUAGCCCAUUACCAGAUGUUAGAAAUGACAUUUUCUGAAAGCAUUCUCAAUGCAGAACUCUGUGGGUCAGCGUUUCAGAUAUGAAUAAACUCUAAGCUUGGAAAUAACUCCAUAAUGGUUAAUCUUCCAUGAAAUGAAAACCCAUAUUUAGAGUAGAGCAGAGGACAAAUGUGGCUGUAUUUUAAACAGACUAUUAGGAAUGAUGAGCCUGAUGCCUUUUAUAAUGCACCUGUUUUUGAUAAGGCUGCUUAUGUGUUAUGGGCCGCCACAGUGAACUUAUAUAGCUCCUGGCAGACGUGGAACUGUUUUAUAUCUGUCCCAGCAGUUACUUGAUCUCUGGAAGUUUAAGCUAUGACCUUCAAAAGGCAAAAUGUUUUAGGCAGCCACUGUGAGACACUAGAAUACUUUGAGAUGGGGAAUACAUGUACACUUGCAAAUCUUUCUUAAAUCUGUGACUGUAACUUCUACCACAAAAUGUCAUGUAUUCUAAACGUUGACAGCAUUGAUGCUUUUGGGUAAUGUGGAAUGGGUGUUAUGUCAUUGUUCACUCCAUGCAAAUGUCUACAUGUUAUUAUCUGUGUGCUUCGUUUUACAUGUUCUCUUUCGUCCAUUAUAGUAAAAUUAUUUUGUCGGAACAGGGAAUCUCAGCCUUUUACAGACCUAGCAAAGGUUAUUUUGUGACCAUCUCAUUUAUAGAUCAUGUUUGUAGUUAUAUAUUUCUCAACAAAUGUAGAAUUACUAACCUACAUUUAAUUUUUUUGAUGAACAUUUCUGAAAACUUGUUCAAGGAUAUCUAUUAGAAAUGUGACGCACUAACUGAGCAUCUGCCACUAUAUAUGUCAGAUGUUUAGUUUAAUUAUAUAAAUUGUACUAAACAGAUGACAAAAUCUGGUUGCCACCACAUGUAAUGGGCUCUGGUUUGCUGGUCCUGCCGUGCAACAAUUGUACUUGCAGUCAGCGGACCACCCGUACAGACAGCCAGAUGGCCCAAUAUAUCUGCAGCUAUGUCAUGCAUUGGCUGUGCUGCACAGCUGACACAAUGGGGGAUAUUCAAUUGUUUGAAAAGUCAGUUGGGUGUCUGUUUUUUCCUAUCUAAUAGACAGGAAAAAAUAGACACCCAACCGACUUUUCAAACAUUUGAAUUUCCCCCAGUAUGUCUGUGAAUGACAUACACCCGCCGACGGGCUCACGAUAUAUAUUCCAGUGUGUACCCAGCUUAAGUUUUAAGGCAAAAUAAGGAUAUUUUUGCGUUUAAAACUAACACUUUAAAUUUAGCAGCUAUUGCACCAGUACCAGCAAAUCACAGCCUAUUACAUUUGGGCUCCAUUUGCAUUCUAGAUUAUUAGCAAUAAAUUGCAAACCAGCAUUUUAUUUCUGCCUGUAUUGUAUGAAAUACUUUUUACCAACUUUUCAUUUUUAAAUGCUACAUCUGCCCAUCAUGAUUUUCAGGCUCUCCCAGCACAUAAAUGUAAUUAAAGGAUUUGAAUUUAACUCCAUUGUAACUAUUAUGUGCAAUAGGAUUUAUAUUUAUUUACUUAACGUUCAGAAAUCACAAAUUGUUUUUUUCAAUAAUAUAUCAGAUCCCUCAGCACAUAUAGUAAUUUUAAAUGUCUAAUUUUGAUAUUUAUGCAAUGUAUAUUCAGUGUAGUAUACUUACAGUAAAGAAAAUGAUUUUAGAUUAAUUACCUUUUCUCAUUAAACCUCAAAUGAACAGAUUGCAAUCCUGUACCCAUUAUGCUCUCAUAUUCUUGUGUUGGUUUGUACUUUUUUCUAUCUAUGCAUAGCAUGAGAAUAAGUAGUGAUCUUCAAUUUCAACACCCAUCCUGUUAGACUAAUGUUUUAGGUCUAUAAUUUACUAGCUGAAGUACUCAGCAUUGCCCAUUUUCCAGUUAUUUAGUAAUCAAUGAGUUGGAUGUAACUGUCAACAUAUUAAAAAUAAUUAGUAGCUGAGUACCUCUUCCAAUACACCCUUGAGGCAGCUGCCCAGUGUCGUUUUCCUACUGUUAUUAAUGUUGCGUACCAAAGGCUUUUUGGGUACGCAACAUUUUUUUUUUUGUCUUCCCACUUCCAUUUCUAUUAUUUCAGGUGAUUGAACUAGGAUCAUUUCUGUCCGUUAUUAUAGUUCAUUAAAGUGGUCCUCAAAAUCACUCAGUUGAAGGCCCUGAACAGGCUACCCAGGUCAAGGUUCUGCCCAGCGUACACCAACAGGAGGUCCGACUGGAACUCUAAUUCCCUAGUAUGUCUUUAAGGGUCCAAUGUUGUCACUUUGUGGAGUUUUCUUCCAAAUCUAUCCAGUGGAAGGCCCUGAGCAGGCUACCUAGAUGAAAAUUCUGUUGUGAGUUCUGUCCGGGACCCUAAACCCCCUUUAAAACCUGUCUGACCACCUCGCACUGGUUUCAUCCCAAUCAUUGCAGGGGUGUUCGAAUGCACAAUCGUACAAACAGACCAAUUAAUUUUAUAUAUAUAUAUAUAUAUAUAUAUAUAUUUACCAUUAUGUAAAGUGGUAAGGCCAUUUUUUUUUUUUUUUUUAUUUUAUUUUUUUAUAGUACAUUGCAGCAUAAAAUCAUCUUUGCUUUGGAUUAUCUGAAAAAGGCUGAGUCUCUUUAAUAGAGGCUUUUACUUUCCCAUGUCCUUUGGAAGUUAGGUGUUGGCUGUAACCCACACUUCUCUAUAGGCUUGCAGCACAAGUCAACAAUCAAUGCAUGUCAUUUUCAACAGUGAAACAGCAGAUAGCUAUAUUCUUGUACUUGUAACUCAAUGAUUUGAAGCUAAUGUUCCUGUAUUCACAAAAUAUAAUCUGUAUGAAAACA